CCACCAACAGCACCUGUAACACAAAAACAAGUCGAACCACCAAAGCCACCUGAAGCACAAAAACCAGCGGAACCACCAACAUCAUCUGAAACGCAGCAGUCGGCUGAAACACGACAACUAGGUGGAACUCAAAAACCAAGUGGAUUAGAACAACCAGGCGUAAAAAUUGAUAAUGAUAUUCGUGAUAUUUUACAGUAUUAUCAUAUAGACGACAGCAAUACUGUUAUAGUUGAUGAUGGGUCAGUACAACGUGUAAUCCAGGUUCAUCCUGAGAGACCUUCACCUCUUGACAUUCAAGAAAAUGAAAACUUACUUGAGCAAUUCCAAGGU